ACUGCGCGGGGGUUUGUUUCUGUCACAGAUUUGUAAAGUGUAGAGCCGCGAGACAGAACCGUCUGCACCGAAAAGAUGGAGCUGUCGGCGGCAGGAGACCGGGUUUUCGCCGCGGAAGCCAUUCUAAAAAGCCGCGUUAGGAAAGGUCAUAUCGAGUACCUGGUAAAAUGGAAGGGUUGGGCGCUCAAACACAGCACAUGGGAACCAGAGGAGAACAUCCUGGAUGAUCGACUCAUAAAAGCCUUUGAGCAAAAGGAGAGGGAGCAGGAACUUUACGGCCCAAAGAAACGUGGACCCAAACCAAAAAACUUUGUACUAAAGGCACGGGCUCAGUCGGGUGAUCGACCUCGGAGCUCAUAUACUCGACGCACUCCAUCUUGCACCACUGCAAAGCCUCCCACCGCUUCCUCCUCUGCAAGUUCAGCUACUCCUCAGCCUUCAUCAUCCUCUUCCCACUCUACCGCUCCAACCCCUAGAGUGCAUUCUCUCGCAGCUGCUCAUAAAUUGAAGAAAGACAUACAUCGUUGUCACAUGAUGUCUCGACGACCUUUGCCACGAUCUGACCCUCUGGCCAACUCCACAGGAUCCUCGUCUCGUCACCCCAUUUCUCCAUUUUCUGAAACUGUCCGCAUUCUUAACCGCAGGGUCAAACCACGGGAGGUUAAACGAGGGCGCAUAAUCUUGAACCUAAAGGUCAUUGACAAAUCUGAAAAUGGUGGAAUGACCAGUAGAAGGACACCACAGUCAUUUGCAGGGAGGGCGAAAAUCCCAUCCCGAAAUCGAAUCAUUGGGAAAAAGCAUGGGGACAUGCCUUACAGGCCGUUCCAGCAUCCUAUGAAGAUGUUAGGUAUUCCGAUGUAUGGCCAACCUUUUGGGCUUAACCCCUCUGGAGGGGCAUCCUCUAUGGCCAAUGAAGGGUCCAACACUAGAGCCAGUCAUGGAGGUGGAAGCAGGUGUGGUAGUCAAUCUUCUGCGCAGAGGUUUCAGUACCAGCCUACUCCUUCUCCAUCCAACUCCAGUGGGUCUAAUGGCAGCUCCCCAUCAACUCAGAAACAACCAACUCAAAAAGAAGGCCCUACAUCUUCAGCUAAAUUGACACCCACAGAGUCAUCACGCUCCCAUGAUACCUCCCAGCCUCACCCAAAAUCCAGUUCAACACCAUUCCUUCCUUCUUCACCCUCCUAUUCAUCCUCUCCAUCAUCAUCUCAGGAAGAUGAAGACCUGGGAUCUCUGAAGUCCGCCACUUCUCGGGGCAGAAAACAGGAACUUCGUCAUCAAACCCAGGUGGGUCGAGCUUCGGUCUGCCAGGUUAGUAACCAAACUACUGCCUCAUUUCCUGAGAAAAAUAGAGUUCCAAAAGAGGGAGACCCCGAUUGGCACCCUGAAAUGGCACCCAGCUCUGCCAAUGUGGUUGUGACUGAUGUCACCACAAACCUUCUCACAGUCACCAUCAAGGAAUUCUGCAAUUCGGGAGCAGGUUCUGAUCCCUCCUCCCCUUGCCAAGCUGACAACCCAAACUCUCCCACCACAACUGCAUAUUGACGGUUCCCCCAAAAGUCUCCUCCAAAAAUAUCUGCCCACAUAAUUCUUUGAAAACUUGCCAUAAUGAUAUUAAUGCACUCUAAAAUAGUUGCCAUUAAUGAAAUUAAAAUGAAUUUUUGGUUGAAUUGAAAUCUAUUAAGAUAUUAUUUAGAGGCAAGGGUGCUUCCCUUGACCUGUACUUGUUAAACAGCAUGUUAUGAUGGUUUGUGGUACUUCAUGGUUUUCUUCCCCCUCUUUUUUUCCCCAGUAAUUGCACCUUGUCUUGUCACCUCCAGUCCUGUAGAGACCAUCAUUCCCAUGUCGUCAGACUUAAAGUUCAGAAUCCACCCAAGAAAUGUUGAUCUCGACAGCUUUCUUGACCUUGUGACAUUGCACCAAGACAUUUUUUUUUGAGUUGCAUUGGAAUUAUGCAGCACAAGAUGCUUCACUCCUGCUUUGGAAGUUCAGCCAGUGUGGGUGAACAUUGUGUUUCCACUCACGCACUUGUUAGAUAACACUUGAUGUGGCAAUACGCCCAUUUUAGGCAUCCGAACCUUGCAUUGAUCUCAACAAUUUUCUCCCAUGCUAAUGAAGAACACCAGUCGUCAUUGCACUUACUAUAUUAUCCCGGCAUAGGCGAGACUGUAUUUAUAUGCACCAAGCUGAAAAAUUCUGAAGACCGUUGUUUCCUUCUGCUUGAACUCCGCUUUAAUUUAGAUGUCUGCUGAGACUCUAAACUGAAGUUUGAAUGCUGAGGACUGCAUCUAAAUUGUGGUACUGUACGUUAAACCUUCCACAUACUCAACUUCCCAUUUUUCUUGAUUGAGAAGAACCUUCUCAUUAUUGCCUUCUGACUACAAUAGUUUGUGUUUCAUGUAAUAGUUACUGUAUUUUUGGGGCUGAGAUAAUUUCUCUCCGAACUUGAUUGGUAGACUUCAAAGAGACUUCUAUUUUAAGUGCGUCUCAAACCUACCAAAUAUAACAGAUUGCCUUGGUUGAUGAAACCCUCAACCACACUUUAAAACAAUGCAGCCUGGGACCAUGUUCAUUGUGCAUAUUUUGCCAGUGACUGCAUGUCGUUGGCUCUUGUUCUUGUCCUGUUGUCUACAGUUCCAACUGGGUGCUAGAAUUGACAAAAAACACAGACCUGGGAUAAAACUUGUUUUGUAGAGUAUUGGGAGGUGUCAGUAUUGAUAUUGAACUGAUAAUAUUAGUCUAUCAAGUUUCAAAAAUGGUUUCCUUAAGAAAAUAAAAUAAAUAAAAGUGUAUCUAAUAAAGAAAAUAAUAAAGAAAGAAAAUAAAAGUGGAUCCCUAGCAGUUACUACUCAACUGUAUUGAACUAGUUUUGAUUCAAAGGAUAAGAAAUUGUUAUUCCAAAAAUGUCAAUAUUUACUCAUUUUGAAAUACUUCUAUGAUGCACAUUUACAUAUAGUGGAAGUGAAUAGGAGCAGUAAAACUGCAGAAAGGAUAAUUGGCUUGCAUGCUGUUUAUCUAAUAGCUUUGUGUUAUAAAUAGACAAAAGUGUAAGCAAUUCCAUUCUUUACUGGGAUCUCUAUAGGUAAAAUUUGCACACUAGUCUUGUUCACAAUUCAUCAAUAUGAAAAAGAGCAGCUUUGGCAUUUCUGUUCAAUAAACCUGUAUCUUUUAUAUGUUUAAAAACAAAAAGGUUUGGAAAUACAUGAGGAUCAGUACAUAAAAAUUAUACCUAACUUUGGGUGAACUUCAUGCAACAUUUUCAACUUGACUGAAAGCGAAGUAGUUUCAGCGAGUUUAUGCGUUGAGCAGGUAAACAAAUUUUUCCCCAUUGGGAGAAGUCAUGUGUUGAUUGUUGGUGCUCGUAUGGUCAUGGUUUGUACCAUGUGAAAGGAACUUUUUCUCAAAUUUCUAAAAACAUAUCUAAAUAGUUUGGGAACUGUCAGCUUAAUUUCGUGGGGCUUAUGCAGUUAAACCAGCCAGUUUGUCGAUCUAUCUGAAACUGACUAAUCACCUGGACAAACUUAAUAAACAAUGGGCACGGUAUGAACUGUCAUACAUGACAAAUUCGCAAAGUCAUGAAAUUGCGACAUAUAUAACUUUGUUCGAAUGAUUUUUGCGAGCAAUAUUAUAACCUGCCACAUUAGGCCUGAAGAAACAGGAUAACCUUCAGUUUAUGGCAGCUAACUUUGUUGUAUUGAGUGAUGAUAAAAUGUCAGACUCCACCAGAGGACAAAGGCAAACCUCAUUAUAAGAUUUAAUUAUAGAACACAAUUUAGUUCCACUUGUAGUUAUACAGCCGUCUUUUAAUGGAGCACUUUUACACUAUAGCUGUGCCUUUAGGGAGGAAUGAACCUCAGAGUGAUUUGACAAUAUGGCAUUGUUUUUCCAUCAACAUAUUUUCGAAAAUGAAAUUUAAAUAUUUGUUUUACUUUAAAGAAGUAUUGUAACCUUUUUAAAUAACUAACCUCUAAACGUUAAUGUCAAUGCAUUCAGACUUACUUUUCGGACUUUCGAAAGCGUUUUUAGCCCAUUUAAUCAUUAAUAACACUUCUCUGUGUAGGUUUUUUUUUUCCUUUUAACGUAAAUUGUUUUUGAUUAAAUGGUAGCACAAUUUAGAUAAUAAUUGAUUUCUUUUUAUUUUGUCAAAUGGUAUGUUUGUUGAACACCUUAUAACAAUAAUGUUGGAGCAUUUUGAUUGGUGCAGUAAUUGCCCCGCCCCUUCUUCACUCUGAUUGGGUGGCUGGCUAAAAAGUUACAUUUAUUAGCAGUAUAUUCACCCAGUUUUAGACCAGAAAAAACAAAUAGCCAUCUUUCAUCUCAUCACAUUGCUGGUGUUUAAAAAGAAUGUAGUAUAUCAACACAAUCUCACGGCAAUUCGUAACUUUUUGAUAGUGGCUAAUUCAUAUGAAUUCGUACAAUUUAGUAUGAUUUGCUCAUCCCCCAAUUACGGUUGGGUUUAAGGGCCAGGUUGGGUGCCACACUUUCUUUUUUUAAAUUGCAGAUUUUCCUGCAACUGUACUACGAAUUCAUACGAAUUAGCGACUAAACUGAAAACGUAAAAUAGUUACGUUUUCUCAUAAGAUCUGACUAUCAAAAACAAUUUAAAAAAUAUGCUAAUCUUAAAAACGCUUUGGUAAACAAACAACCUUAUUUUCAUUAUAUCUACAUUUUAUUUUUUAUAUAUAAAAAAAGUCUUCAAACGUUUGUCCCAGGUCUGAAAUAAUUUGUGAUCUGAACAUAUCCCUGGUGCUGCCCCGUGGAGGGCGCCACAUGUGGUGCAUCUGUACAAAAAUAUCUAAUACCGAAGCAUGUGUUGCCUUCAGCUGCUCAGUUAGUCCCCAUGAUGUUGUUGUUACCUUUGCCUAAAAUUGUUGCAAACAGCCAAGUCUUUGUUUACCCUAAUAUCCGUAAUAGUAGAAAAUAGAUUUCGCCAUGGUGUGAAACAAUGCAAGGUGGUUGCUCUUAAAGAGGUAGCUUAGCACUAUGAUACUAUGUGGCCUACAUUUCAUGCAAUAGGGCUUGUAUUUUAUAAGAUGUUGCCACUAGGAACCAGGACGGCACAGGCAAGAAGAAAUAUGUUUAAAAAGCUAAGGAUGAAGGCCUACUGGAGGUUACAUCUACAGAUAUAUCAGUGUCUGAUGUGUUUUUGUUUGUUUAUGAAAAUAUUUUAUAAUUAAUAUUAAUGAUUUUCCCGUGCCGUAGACGUGAAUGAUACGUGCUGCCUUUAUUGUAUAGCCAUUGUUGUUCAAUUUUAGUCUAAUUUGGGUUUGAGAGAAUGUAGAACCCAAAUACUGAAUUAAAUGUGAUUUUUAUAGGAGUCAUCUUUUUGUUGAUGCGUAAGGUUAAUGCCAUUGAUGAAGCUGAUUAUGAUCUUGAUCUUGUGUUAUUGUAAUGUAACGGAUGCAUGAUUUGAGAACACUAAUUGUACAGGUCAUUUCAAUGUCUUUCUGUUGUUGCUUUGUGUGUUUCUUUAAAGAGGCUUUCAAUAAAAUCACUUUAAAGACA